AUGGUCGACUCCGAACCCCUCCCACCGAACACCCUCAAAGUCGACUUCUCAUGGAAGAAGUUCCGUUGCCUCGUCACCGAUCCAGCACCAUCAGCCACUCACAACGCCUCCAUGGUCGUGCAUUGCAACUUAAGAAAGCCACACCUCGAAUUCCGCGACAGCAACGACGACGAGCUCGUUGGCACUGGCAACCUCCAUACCUUCAAGAUCGACAGCGAGUCCGAAGUAAGAGGCAAGCCGAUGCACAUCAAAGCGCUCAAACGCUUCACCACCGGGUACACACAUCCAUCGCAAGUGUACAGGACACCCGGAGGCGCGCCAAUGACCAUGACAUGGACGAGCAGCACGGAUUUCAAGCAAUGGGACUUUGUCUGCUUGGACGAGAACUCAAUACCCGUAGCCCGCUUCUCGAGCAACGUCUGGGCGGUGAGGAAGCUUGGCUUCAUCGAGCUUAUGGGCGAGAAGGCGGGCGAUCCAGCUGCGAGAGAGGAAAUCACCGUGGUGGGGCUAACGAUCUACUAUACCAUGUUGCUGCGGAUGAACAAUAUCUUCCAGCUGUUUGGGGCCGUUGCAGCUAAGCCCGGCUAUCCCAAAAAUGAGAAUGCAGAUGAGUAUGAGAUGUAUACACCAGAGGCUGUUUCGUCGGGUCGGGAUGGGGAUUUGGAUGCGAAGACGGCACAUGCGAGGGUCACCACGGCAGGGUCUUCGUCCUCCUCGGGCAUGAAGCCGCUCGAGGGUUGA